CAUUAAUAAAAAAACAGAAACAACACAAAAAACCCCAACCCAAGAGUACUCCCUCAAAAGAAAAAAAACUGUGAAAGAAAGAAGUUUCGAGCUGCUUUUAUUUUUUUGCAACACCAGAUCUGAUUCGUUAAACGGUUUUAUGACAUUUACAACAUUAUAACUGAAGGUAUCUCAGUUAAAGAAUAAUACAUUUUUGGUAUAUUCAAUAUAGAAUGGAAGGUGGAUUGUCAAGCUUCUGGGGUCCUGUUACAUCCGCUGAGUGGUGUGAGAAAAACUAUGUUCACUCAUCUUACAUUGCAGAGUUUUUCAACACGAUAUCCAAUGUCCCAGGCAUUCUAUUGGCACUCAUUGGCCUUAUAAAUGCCUUAAGACAACGAUUUGAGAAGAGGUUUAGUGUCCUUCAUAUAUCUAACAUGAUACUCGCCAUUGGGAGCAUGCUAUACCACGCCACACUGCAGCGCGUGCAACAGCAAGGUGAUGAAACACCAAUGGUGUGGGAAAUGCUUCUAUACUUUUACAUCCUCUACUCACCAGAUUGGCACUAUCGAAGUACAAUGCCCACCUUCCUGUUCAUUUAUGGAGCUGGAUUUGCAGUAGUCCAUGCUCUGUUCCGCUUUGGAAUUGGCUUCAAGGUGCAUUAUGUUGUUCUCUGCCUUCUCUGCAUCCCUCGCAUGUACAAAUACUACAUCUACACUAAUGACGUCUCUGCAAAGCGGCUUGCAAAGCUAUAUGUAGUAACUUUGUUCCUAGGGAGUAUGUGUUGGCUUUCUGACCGGGUGUUCUGCAAGGAGAUUUCUCAAUGGUACUUUAACCCCCAGGGUCAUGCUCUAUGGCAUGUCUUGAUGGGCUUCAAUUCAUAUUUUGCCAACACAUUCUUGAUGUUUUGUCGUGCUCAGCAGCGAGGGUGGGAUCCCAAAGUUGUCCACUUCAUGGGUUUUUUCCCCUAUGUCAAGGUUCAAAAACCAAAGAGCCAGUGAAAAAAAGCUUUGCUGCACUUGAGUUAAUCGUCUCUUCAACCUUUUUACUCCCUCAAGUCUGAUUUUGGCACUAGGUGUUUGUUUUUGUCAGGUCACAGGCAUAGGAAUCACAAUUCUUUUUACCUUCUGUCUUAAAAGAGAGGAUGUAAAUGAUAAUUUAAUGUUGAUAUUAUUGGAGGGACAUCGGUUAUUUUUGACUGUAACACUAGUGUUUUUGCCCAGUAAAAGAGAAUAGAUAGUUGUUUGUCCCAAGAGAUUGGCUUAUUAGAUAUAUUCAACAGGAUAUUGAUAUCAACACAGAAGAAUUAAAAACUUA